UGUGCGCAGCAGCCAGAAUGAAGCUCUCACUAUUACUUCUUUGUGCAUGUGUAACGGCGGUAACAGCAACAGAAGAUGAAAACCAGCCCGAGCCCAUUCCCGGAGAUCGUCGAGGGCGCUUCCUCCUCCUAGGCAAGAAGAUUCUCUUCGCCAAAUUUAUAGGACUCGGAGGCAAGGCACAUGCCGCGGGGGUUGCCGGGGUUGCUGGUGCAGCUGGUGCCGCCGGAGCAGCUGGUGCAGCUGGUGCAGCUGGUGCAGCUGGCGCAGCUGGUGCAGCUGGGGUAGCCGGCGCCAGUGGUGUAGGAGUGGUGCAUCAAAUCACCAAGCCAAUUGUGACGGUGGCAGAGCCGAUAGUGAUCAUGGCACAGGUGGAGCGGGAGCCGGUUUAUCAACAAACGGAGCCGGUGUAUGUACAGCAACAGCCGGAGCCACAGCCUGUGUAUGUACAGCAACAGCAAGAGCAAGAGCAUGUGUACGUCCAGCCACAGCAACAGCAAGAGCAUGUGUAUGUAGAGCCACAGCAACAGCAAGAGCCUGUUUAUGUACAGCAGCAACCAGAACAUGUUUAUGUACAGCAGCAGCCAGAGCAUGUGUACAUCCAGCCACAGCCAGAGCAAGUGUACGUCCAGCCACAGCAAGAACAUGUGUACAUCCAGCCACAGCAACAGCCGGUGAUUGUUCAGCCACAGCCACAACAUGUGAUCGUCCAGCCACAGCCAGUUUACCCCAAGCCAGAGCCUGUUCAUGUUGUACAGCCACAGCCUGUGCGAGUGUAUCCACAGCCAGAACCAGUUUACCCCGAGCCUCAGCCGGUGUACCCCGAGCCUCAACCGGUAUACCCCAAGCCAACGCCUGCACCGGUUUACCCCAAGCCAACACCUGCACCGGUUUACCCCAAGCCAACGCCUGCACCGGUUUACCCCAAGCCAACACCUGCACCAGUUUACCCCAAGCCAACUCCUCCGCCAGCUUACCCCCAGCCUCAACCAGUGUACCCCCAGCCAACGCCGGAGCCCUACCAUCCACAACCGCAACCAAUUUACCCCCAGCCUCAACCGCAACCGGCUUACCCCCAGCCAACGCCUCCGCCGGUAUAUCCCCAACCUACGCCGGAGCCCUAUCACCCACAGCCAUCCCCAGAGCCCUUCUAUCCUGAAACCCAGCCUGUUGUACCGGUACCCUAUAGCUAGGUAGUAGAGAAACGUUGAUGAAACGUUGAAGGGUCUCUCAAGUGUCGUGCCAGUGUCUUCCAUUCGCUGUAGCUUGACUAGAUAGACUAAGUUGCACAGACUUGCUCUCAAGUGUCAUGUUGUUCUUGGUCGCUGCAGUUUUCUUCAACAACGUAGCGGAUGCUGUCUUGAAUCGUGACGUGAGUGUCAUGCUGUUGUUUUUGUUCUCUGCAGUUAUUUAUAGCUUCAGCAGCGCAAGACUCCUGAGGAAACGGUCUUGAAUAGCUGCUUGAGUGUUAUGUUGCCAUGAUGUUCUUUUUAGCUGGAUUCAGCAGCGCUCAACUCCUUUCUUUCUUGAGGGUUCGGUUGAGAUGUGUGUUGUUUGUACAAGCUUUGGGUCUUACUGUUCGAACAACGUCUGUAUCAAGAGUUUGGAUUCUAUGUGCGGUACCCACUUCACAGAACCUGACUUAGAACAUCUGAAACUCAUACUCAACUAAUUUUUGUUAAUGUGUUACGCACAAUGUAAACAUGUUCAUGUGCACUGUUGUUGAAUGAAUACAUGGUCAUUAUAA